AUGCACAACGUUCAUUUCAUCAGUACUCCAAUUUAUAUUUUCACAUUGGCAGCGCUUUUUCGAGAAACUUCACUGGUUUUUCAAACCUACAAAUAUUAUAUUAUAAUUCAUAUCAUUACGAAUUUGACAUCAGAAGCCUACGUAACUUUUAUGUGGCUGCCAAUGACAUAUCUACCGUAUGAUGUGUACAGAACAACCGGAUGGCUGUCUCAAUGGGGUGUUAGUGGUAUUGUUCAGUUCUACAUUGUGGCACAAUUCAUAAUUACUAUCGGGGUUUCUAUACUUGAGAUGUUUUAUUAUCGGUUCAAAGUUGUGGUUAUCCAUCAUUACGACAACUAUCUCUUAAAAUUGCCUUCAUAUGGUAUGAAUGUAUACCGAUUCUUUGCUACAGUACAUGUGGUUACAAUUACAUGGAGUACAUUUGAUGGUCAGACGAUGAUUUAUCAACAGAACAAGAAAGACGCUUUAUUCAAAAAAGUUCCCGACUUGGUCAAAGAAAUCGGAUGUCAUAGUGUUUUUAUAUUAGCUCUGGAAGACCCUAUUCUGUGUGGUAAUGUUGUUAUUUAUGGAAUUUUAGUGACACUUGGGUCUAUUGUGGGAUUAAGUACAGUAGUAUUUAUUAACCAAUUUCUGAACAAAGCACGAAAUUUAUCGAAAGAAACAAAAAAGUUGCAGCGGAUGCUUAUCUUCAGUCUUCUAGCACAGGGAGCGAUUCAUGUUGGAAUGAUAAUUUUUCCAGUUUUUGUGCAAAUCUAUCAAAUGAUGUUCAUCAUGUAUGAUAACAAUUUUUCAACUCUUCUUCUGUUUUGCGUUGCUUAUCACGGAUUUUUCUCAACUUGCGCAAUGGUUGUAUUUACGAAGCAGUUACGUCAGAGAGUUAUACGCUACGUCAGAUGCUGCGCAAAUCCAGAAACCGUUCAAAUCAAGUCAAGUCACGGAAUUACUACACUUGCGGAGACUUCAAUUAGAUAA